CCCUUGUCCACUCUUACCUCUCCAAUGGCCUCCUUCCAUGACUCGCUUCACCUUCCUCUCUUUACCGCCCUCCUCGUUCUUCUCGGCACCCACCUUGUCACCCUAUAUGACACCUCCAUCUUGAGGAGCACCUUCGCGGCCACCACCGCCAGCUGCUUUGCCUCCAUCUUUAGCUUCGGGGACUCGCUUGCCGACACCGGAAACCUUCUCCACUACCUUGGCGACGAUGCCGGCGCACUUGCCCAGCUCCCAUAUGGCGAGACUUACUUCCAUCAUGCCACUGGCCGGCUCUCCGAUGGGCGACUCAUCAUUGACUUCAUUGCACAAGCCUCGGGACUGCCGCUCGUGCCUCCGUAUCUGGCCGGAACUAGUGCCCAGGAUUUCCGGUAUGGAGCGAAUUUUGCGGUCGCCGGGGCCACCGCUCUCGACAACGACUUCUUUAGGGCCAAAGGGCUAAACGUUACAUGGACGGAGUACUCGUUGGGUGUUCAGUUCAAUUGGUUCAAGCAACUGCUGCCUUCGUUAUGCUCCACGGAUUCGGACUGCAAAGGCAUCAUGAGCAACUCGCUUUUCCUCGUGGGGGAGAUUGGAUGGAAUGACCAUAGUCACUCGUUUGAACAAGGAAGAACCACCGAUGAGAUAAGAACCUUCAUUCCUAAUAUCGUUGAAGUCAUUAGCUCAGUGAUCGAUGACUUGAUCAAACUUGGUGCAAAAACAUUCGUAGUACCGGGAAUCUUCCCAUCUGGAUGUGUCUCGACGUACCUUACUGCGUUUCAAAGUGAAGAUGCAGAAGACUAUGAUCCAGACACAGGCUGUAUCCGGUGGGUUAAUGAAUUCUCGGCGUACCACAAUCAUCUACUCCAGAAUGAGUUGGACCGGCUCCGACGACUUCAUCCUCAUGUUACCAUCAUCUAUGCUGACUAUUACGAAGCCCUAAUGAGCAUCUUCCAUUCUCCACAGAAAUUUGGAUUUAAGAAGGCACCUUUGGAUGCAUGCUGUGGAGGUGGUGGCCCCUAUAACGUCAACUUCUCUUUACUGUGCGGGGCUCCAAUGACUACGGUUUGCAGCGACCCAUCGAUGUUUGUUUUUUGGGAUGGAACGCACCUAACCGACGCGGCUUCUGAAAUCGUUGCCCGUGGUUUAUUAGAAGGACCAUAUGCCGAUCCUCCCAUAAUCCAAACAUGCUAAAAAAAUAGAGUGAAAUGCCAGUCAGCUCCAACAUGUAUUCUACCCAACUAAGUAGAGGAGUUAAGAAUGGCCUGCUAGGAUGUUGGUUCUUAUUUUCAAGAAUUUAUAUGAUUUUAUGGCUAAUGGAAAAAAUAUUGGAUAUUUCAAUCUCAGAUUAGAUUGACCUCCUUGGCUUGGGUAUUAACUGAGGUGAACAACUUUGGUGAGAAUCGAGAAAUCACUCUGCUCAUGCUAAUAAAGAUUGGUAGUUAUGACAACAUUGCAGUCAAUGCACGAUCAGAGUAA